AGUGCACAAUGGUCGGUACACGCAAGUUCGUGGUCGGCGGAAACUGGAAAAUGAACGGAAACAAAAAACAAAUCGGAGAAAUCUUGGACUUCCUCAAAAAAGGCCCACUAAACAAAGACACCGAAGUUAUCGUAGGCGUGCCUGCUCUGUACCUUGAACACGUUCAGUCCAACGCGCCCGAAGGGGUAAUGGUAGCCGCCCAAAACUGCUACAAGGCCGAAAAAGGCGCCUUUACCGGCGAAAUUUCGCCCCAAAUGUUGAAGGACGUUUGCGUCGAUUGGGUCAUUUUGGGGCAUUCGGAGAGAAGGCAAAUCUUCAACGAAUGCGACGAAUUGAUCGCCGAUAAGGUCGCCUUUGCUUUGGAGAACGGACUCAAAGUAAUCGCGUGCAUUGGAGAGACUUUGGAGGAACGCGAAGCAAAUAAAACCAUGGAGGUGGUCAAUCGUCAAACCGCCGCCAUCGCUUGCAAAGUUAAGGACUGGACCAAUGUUGUGAUUGCUUACGAGCCAGUCUGGGCCAUAGGUACCGGUAAAACUGCCACUCCUGCGCAAGCGCAAGAAGUCCACAAAGCGCUCAGGGAAUACAUCGCUCAAAGUAUCAGUCCCGACGUUGCCGCUUCUAUCAGAAUCCAAUACGGCGGCUCUGUCACUGCUGCCAACUGCAAGGAACUCGGAUCGCAACCUGACAUCGAUGGUUUUUUGGUGGGAGGUGCUUCGUUGAAGCCCGAGUUCGUUGAAAUUGUUAAUGCCAGGCAAUAAUUUUAUUUAUACAUGAUCAUUGAUCAAUAAUAAUUAAUUUAGAGUAAUUUAUUUUACAAUGUAUUAUUAUAUACAAUAAACUUACACUGAUAUUAUUUUAUGGAUUAUAAUUUGUUACAAAAAUAAAUAAAUUAAGUACAGUACCUA